AUGGAACAGGACCAAGAUGAUGCCAACCUAGCCAUUAAAAAGGGAACCAUAUUUGUCGGUCGGUUGAACCCAAAGACAACGAAAGACGAUUUAUUGGCUUACUUCUCCAAAUUUGGCACAGUGAAGAGGGUCGAUAUUAAGCUCAAAAAGGCCACAGGCGAAUCCCGAGGCUAUGGUUUCGUCCGUUUCACUGACACAAAUACUCUGGAAGAUGGCGUUCUUGAGGCCUGCCAUUUCCUCGACGGCCGCCGCCUCAACGUCCAGCCAGCCCGUCUCCGAGGUAGUGUCUCCCUUCCCUGGGCCAGACCGCGAGUCCAGUUGAGUUGCUUACUAGCGUGCACUUAA